AUGGCGGAUGAUACAUAUGCAACUGGAGCUCAGAGAGCACUGUCACUCUGGCACUCAUAUCGAGGCUAUGCUCUCGCCCUUGUACCCACCAUCUUCAUACUCUCGAGAUUGAUUUCCGCCAGGAAGACAGCUACCGAAACUCCUCCACCACUUGCACCACCUCCUGCUGCAAAAAACCCUCGUCGUCCAGGCCUUGUUAAACCCAAUUCACCCGCAACUUCGCGGCCAGAGGAGGGAGCGACUUCACCCAACGAGGCUCUGAAGACGAAAAUCAAAACCGUGCCGAAGCGAGUCGUUGGGACGAGGCCGCAGAAAAAGAGGGCCAGGUCGACUGUGGACGGUUUAGAUACAGUCAAAGAAACUCUAGUACAGCCGAUAAUAUUCUUCUCCUCUCUUACUGGGUCCACUGAACGGAGUGCGAAGCGCGUCGUUGAACAGCUACAAAGAGAGCCCCAGCGCGAUGGAAGGCGCUCCUCGAGGCUACUAGACCCGCAGCUACAUGAUCUAUCAUAUAUCGACUUCGAUGAUUAUUUUGUCUCUCCUCCGAAGCCCCCCGUCUCGAACCUCAACGUGCUACACUUUUACUGUAUCAUAGUUCCAACUUACAACAUUGACACGAUUUUAAAUACGUUCUUGGGCCAUCUAGAUGAAACGCACCACGAUUUCCGCAUAGAUACAGCGCCGCUGUCGGGACUGGCGGGAUACACAGUUUUCGGCUUCGGAGAUAGAGAGGGAUGGCCCACCGAGGAAGCAGGUUUCUGCUCGCAAGCAAAGGAGGUUGAUCGAUGGUUGGCAAAGCUGACCGGAAAGAAAAGAGCGUAUCCACUUGGCCUUGGGGAUGUCAAAAGCGACGGUGAGAAGGCCCUGGAUGAGUGGUGCGCGGGGGUUCAAGAGGUUCUGUGCGAUAUGGCUGCCAACGGCGGUGCAUUGGGUGAGGGUGUUCCAGGCAGCGGAGAGCCCCUGGAAAGCGAUGAGGAAGAUGUUGAAGAUGAUGAGCAUGCAUCCAACACCGGGUCAGGGCGGCGAAAAACUCUGCGGGGUGAUAUUGCCGACCUAGAGGACAUCAAGGUUAGUGCAGAUGGAUCCGCAAAACUAGAUGCCGUUUUCCCAGUCGAUUUUACCACUUACUCGAAAUCAACACCAAUCUCUCCGCCCAUACCGAAGGAAAUGGUACCAACGACCUCUCCUACGUAUGCUGCUCUGACCAAACAGGGCUACACCAUAAUAGGCUCGCACUCAGGAGUUAAAAUCUGUCGCUGGACUAAAUCGGCUCUGCGAGGACGUGGUUCUUGCUACAAGAAUUCCUUUUAUGGAAUCAAAUCGCACCUCUGUAUGGAGACAACUCCAUCCUUAUCCUGCAGUAACAAGUGCGUCUUUUGCUGGAGGCAUGGCACAAACCCUGUCGGCACAACAUGGCGGUGGAAGGUUGAUCCGCCGGAGCUCAUCUUUCAGGGCGCUAAGGAAGGCCAUUAUAAAAAGAUCAAGAUGAUGCGCGGUGUACCAGGGGUUCGGGCUGAAAGAUUCGCUGAAGCCAUGCGGAUUCGUCACUGUGCGCUGAGCCUGGUUGGAGAGCCGAUAUUCUACCCCCAUAUCAAUGAAUUCGUGUCUCUCCUUCAUAAAGAACAUAUUUCCAGCUUUCUUGUAUGCAACGCACAGCACCCAGACCAACUAGCCGCUCUGCACCGCGUCACUCAGCUGUAUGUUUCAAUAGACGCGAGCAACCGCGACAGUUUGCGGAAGAUCGAUCGCCCGCUCCACCGAGAUUUCUGGGAACGCUUUCAGCGCUGUUUAGACAUUCUCCGAGAAAAGAGACAUUUUCAGAGAACCGUGUAUCGCCUGACACUUGUGAAAGGAUUCAAUAUUGAGGAUGAGGCUGUUGGAUAUGCCGACCUAGUGGAAAAGGGGCUCCCAUGCUUCGUUGAAAUCAAGGGCGUGACAUACUGCGGGACGAGCACUAGUGCCGGUGCCGGGCUGACAAUGCAAAAUGUACCCUUCUACGAGGAAGUUGCUGCGUUCACAGUAGCUUUGAACGACGAAUUAAACAGGCGUGGCCUUGGGUACGGAAUAGCUGCCGAGCACAGUCACAGUUGUUGUAUUUUACUCGCAUCGCACCGAUUCUAUGUCAAUGAUAAGUGGCAUACCAAAAUUAAUUAUAAGCGCUUCUUCGAGCUAUUAGAGAAAGAAAAUACCGACGGCGAGGCAUUCACUCCGGAAGAUUACAUGAGCGAGACGGACGAAUGGGCAUUGUGGGGAAACGGAGGAUUUGACCCGAAAGACCAGCGCGUCUAUAGAAAGGGAAAGAAUAAAGGAAACACGGCUGAUGCAGCGCCUGCGCUGGAAGUUGUAGCAGCAUGA